GAGCAGCGGCAGAGCAGGCCUAGUUGUCCCUGGCUUCUCUUUUGAAAGCUAACCCAGGCCCAAGUCAAGAUGAGGAGUGAGGACCUCAGGAGCAUUUUCACCUGCCUUGAGUGCAGAUGCUACCAGGGCCCGGACGCCGCCAUGUCGGGCCCGUUCGAGCUCUCCGUGCAAGAUCUCAACGACCUGCUCUCGGACGGCAGCGGCUGCUACAGCCUCCCGAGCCAGCCCUGCAACGAGGUCACCCCCAGGGUCUACGUCGGCAACGCGUCUGUGGCUCAAGACAUCCCAAAGCUGCAGAAACUGGGCAUCACCCACGUCCUGAAUGCUGCUGAGGGCAGGUCCUUCAUGCACGUCAACACCAAUGCCAACUUCUACAAGGACUCUGGCAUCACCUACCUGGGCAUCAAGGCCAACGACACGCAGGAGUUCAACCUUAGCGUCUACUUUGAAAGGGCUGCAGACUUCAUUGACCAGGCCUUGGCUCAAAACAAUGGCCGUGUGCUGGUCCACUGCCGUGAGGGGUAUAGCCGCUCCCCAACUCUCGUUAUCGCAUACCUCAUGAUGCGUCAGAAGAUGGAUGUCAAGUCUGCCCUGAGCAUCGUGAGACAGAACCGUGAGAUCGGCCCCAAUGACGGUUUCCUGGCCCAGCUCUGCCAGCUCAAUGACAGACUAGUCAAGGAGGGGAAGCUGAAACUCUAGGGCACCCCAGCGGCCUCUUCUCUAGAGGCCGGACACGGGGAGCCCUGGCUGGGGUGUCCCUAGCUGCCACGUUUAGGAAACACAAUGUACCCUGCUCCCAGCAUCACCAGGCACUUGCCCACAAAUCUGUUCCAACACGGCCCUGGGCCUCUCUCCCCCUGGGGAACACAUAAAGAAGCUUGCUAAGGGACA